AUGGCAUCAACAUCUUGUGUGAGUAACAUGCCAUUACCCGCCACUACUAUGACUUGGAACUCUCACCAAAAUCCUGCACCACUUGCAAAGUAUGAGGAGGUUACAACGAAUCCCAAGCUUUUCAUGAGUACUCUAGAGAAGCUCCAUGCUGAUCUGGGAACCAAGUUCAUGAUACCCAUUAUUGGAGGAAAAGAACUGGAUCUGUUUCACCUCUUCAUUGAAGUGACUUCUCGAGGAGGGAUUGAGAAGAUUAUCAAAGAGAGAAGAUGGAAAGAAGUAACUCAAACUUUCAACUUUCCAUCAACAGCUACAAAUGCUUCUUUUGUGUUGCGCAAGUACUACUCUUCACUACUUUACCACUAUGAACAAAUUUACUACUUUAGAGCCGCCACUGGAUGGAACCCUUCUUCUACUGCUGGUGUGUAUAGCUAUAGGUUGUUUAUAUAUAUAUAUAUAUAUACACAAUUUUCACAGCCUUGUCUUGGCUUCCAACAUUCAAGGGUUGAUGCUACUGCCGAAUCAUCUCAAGGAUCUGCAGCAGUAGUUGGAGUGAUCGAUGCAAAAUUUGAAAGUGGAUAUCUGAUUACAGUUUCAAUAGGUUCAGAGGUGCUGAAAGGUGUACUUUAUCAGGAUCCACAUCCACAUCCACAUCCACAUGGAGCAUUUCAGAGUGUUAUGGCCAAGAACACCAACAAUAAUUGUAAUUCUUCAUUGGGUGUUGUUGUCCACCGUCGUCGUCGUAGGAAGAAAUCAGAGAUCAAAAGGAGGGAUCCUGCUCAUCCAAAACCUAACAGAAGCGGCUACAAUUUCUUCUUUGCUGAGCAACAUGCGAGACUAAAACCACUGCACCAAGCCAAGGACAGAGAGAUUAGUAGGAUCAUUGGUGAACUUUGGAACAAGUUAAAAGAUCCCGAAAGAUUAGUAUAUCAAGAGAAGGCUUUAAAGGAUAAAGAGAGGUACAAAGCAGAAAUGGAAGAUUAUCGUCAGAAACGCAACAAUAAUAAUAAUAAUGCUGCUAUGCUGCCAUUGCAACAACAGCUUCCGGAAGUGGAUGAGAACGAGGAAGGCUCUCUUCAAAGUCAAACUCCUGAAGAGGAGAGCACUUCUGGUGCCCCAACUCUUGACAUUGACAUUGAUAUUGAUAUUGAUAUUGAUAUUGAUGUUGUGACACUGUGA